AUGUUAUGUUGUUGGCAACUAAUUCUACAUACAGAAAUGNACACUGCCCUUGUCGCGAAGAAUGCAAAACAGGCAGCACAAGACAUGGCUAAGGUAUUGAAUGUGGAGCUUGACCCUGAAGAGGCCAAGUUGGAGAGAUUAACUGAAGAUCGAGCCAAUUCUUUUGGUUUGUUUUCCAAGGAAUUUCUUCGACGACAUGGACUUCACUUGCUUGGAACAACUUCAACUUGGUUUUUACUGGACAUAGCUUUUUACAGUCAAAAUCUCUUCCAAAAAGAUGUGUUCACUGCAGUUGGGUGGCUUCCUCCUGCCAAAGAAAUGAACGCAAUUCAUGAGCUUUAUCGAAUUGCGAAGGCACAAACCCUAAUUGCACUAUGCGGUACUGUUCCAGGGUACUGGUUCACAGUGUAUUUCAUUGAUAAAAUUGGAAGGUUUGCAAUCCAAAUGAUGGGAUUUUUCUUCAUGACUGUGUUCAUGUUUGCUCUUGCCAUUCCAUACCAUCAUUGGACUCUAAAGGCUCAUCGCAUUGGGUUUGUGGUCAUGUAUUCAUUCACGUUUUUCUUCGCGAAUUUCGGGCCUAAUGCCACUACAUUUGUUGUGCCUGCUGAAAUCUUCCCAGCUCGGCUACGAUCUACAUGCCAUGGAAUAUCAGCAGCAGCAGGCAAGGCCGGAGCCAUAGUCGGGGCGUUCGGGUUUUUGUACGCCUCAGAAAGCACAAAUCCCUUGAACACUGAUCCUGGCUAUCCAACUGGUAUUGGUAUAAAGAAUUCUCUUAUUGUGCUUGGGUGUGUCAGCUUCUUGGGAAUGCUUUUCACCUUCUUGGUGCCUGAACCGAAAGGCAAAUCGCUUGAGGAGUUAUCUGGUGAGAAUGAAGAAGAAGGUGUGGAACUAAAGGCGGAGAACAGAACUGUUCCAGUGUAG